AUGGGCCAACCGCCUACCACCAGAAGAUACGAGUUAUUAUGUGCCAUUAUGUUGGGAUUUGGGCAUCUCUCUAUUAUGGUUGGUUAUGAUUCUGGGUCCUUCGUCCUGGAAUCUGUGAUCCAUUCAAUCAAUGAGAGAAAUCCGGAUGUGAUAAGCAAAUAUGCAGGAUAUUAUGGACAAGCGGUAAUGUACAUAUUAUACAUGAUUGGUUGUAUGUUCUCCCCAUCGAUUUUAAAUGAAGUUGGCUCCAAAUGGAUUCUAGUGGCUUCCGCAAUUUGUUUCGCCUCCUUUCCCUUGGGAUUUUUUUUCGUUAAUUCCAAUUAUUACUAUUUUUCACAAAUGCUACUUGGUUUCGGUUAUGCUUUGUAUUACCAAGGAAAUGGAGGUUACAUGACAUCACAUUCUACUCGAAAAACUAUAGAAUCGAAUGUCAAUAUUGCCUGGUCCAUUGGAUGUGUUUGCCUGAUCAUAUCAUCUGGAAUAUUUGCUGGAGUCACUAGUAUGGCACAUGCUCCUUCUCCGAAUUCAAAUUUCUUUUUUUUUUCCAGAAUUGGAAAAUUAUUAUUCGGAGUCUUUUUUGGAGCCAGUGUUUUGGGAAUUGUGAAUUUCCUGGCUGCGCCUGGGAAGGAUGUGACCGAUUGUAUACAGGAGACAAAGAAGAAGGGAACGUUCCUUGGAAGUUUUAAACAAACCUGCACGGCGCUUGUCGACCGUAGUAUGCUGGAACUAUUCUUCCUGUUUUCAGUCCUCGGGACAAGUUCCUCAUUUUGGUUAUCGAUUUUUCCGACAGCUAUGAAUUUUACAGUAGCCAAUUUUGAAAUGACCUACUUAUGUGCCAUUUAUCCAUUGGGAAUUGGAAUUGGCGAAAUUUUUAUGGCUCUAUUCAUCACCCAGAUGAGCCGUCGACACAAAGACUUUUGUUUUCAACCUGCCAUGAUUUUGGGUACUGUGUUUUCGAUUUUGGCGUUUUUCAUGGUCCAUGUCUCGACACCGUAUGACUCACCACAUAAGCCAACACGGGAGGAUGCUCUUUGGUUUGGGCACAGCUACUUUUUCAUUUUCCUGAUCGGAGUGACACUUGGAAUCGGGGAUUGCUGUCUGAAUAGCUGUAGAUCCGUGAUUUGUGCAUUAGCAAUGCCCGAUCGACGAGCUCAGGCAUUUUCAAUUUCCAAACUUUAUCAGGCUCUCGGCUCAUGCUUCCUGUUCUUCUUAUCACCUAUCAUCCCAUUGUAUGUCUAUACAAUCGGAAUAUCUGUACAUUUGAUAAUUGCCAUGAUAUUCUUCUUUAUCACUGCCAGAAGAACACAAAAUAUGGAGAAGAAGAAUGAUGAAAAUGAGAAAAACGAGGAAAUUUGA